AUGAAUUUAAACACAGCAUUGCUACUUUUUGACCAAGCCAAGCUCGCCGGGGGCUCAACAGCAGAGUUUGCCGGGAAUGCUGUGAUUGGUCUCCUCCAGAAAGUCAAGUUUUCACGAAAGAAGAUACCCAACUUCCAGUACCGAGACCAAAUUCAGGCGGACAAGAUACGUCUUUUCAGAUUCGUCAGGGACCCUGCCUGCGACCCAAACAUAUCUGAUGUCGUCCUGUCUCUGGAGACGCAUGAAAUUGGCCCAACUUGUCCCAGCUAUGUGGCUCUUUCGUACACUUGGGGUCCCCCAAAGCUAGCGGCAUUUUUCACCAGAAACCAAUACAGCGACCUUGAGAAGAAGGCUCUGUGGAUUGACCGAUGUCGGUUUGAAGUGAUGCCUAACCUGUAUGACGCCUUGGCUCAUGUUCGCGACUUGUAUCCACCCGGCACACUCUUUUGGGCUGAUGCUAUUUGCAUUAAUCAAGAAGAUUCAGAUGAAAAGUUGCAGCAGAUUCGGAUUAUGGAUCAUGUUUAUGGCGGAGCAGCAAAGACUGUUGUUUGGUUGGGGAAAAAGAGUCAUGAUAUUGCCCGAGCAGUCUCGAUACUGAAUCGCAACGCAGAAGCAGCGCGACGAGGGACUAUAGAGCUGCUGCGGACUCAUGGCGAAGGACAGUACACAGAACCUAUUUUCAUCACCGACACAACUGCCUUCUCACGGUUCGGCGUCACACCAUUAUCUCACCAAGAUUGGAAAUCACUUGCCGAGUUGUUCUCGAGGCGAUGGUUUGGACGAGCUUGGAUGGUACAAGAAGUCGCCCUGUCAAAUCAUGUUGAAGUUCUCUGUGGCGAUAUUUCCCUUGACUGGGAUGCACUCGCUUGGUUUGCUUCCUUUGCCUGCCUCACGCAUACCGCAAUGAGCAUGGUGCAGUUCUACCCAAGCAAUACCGAUUUCCUCUUCAUGUCGCUGGGACUCACUGUUACGGUUAGUUUGCAGCUGGCUCGACUCUGGACUGGCAAGACUUCGUCUGAGGCUUUGGAUCUGGUAAAAGAACUUGAUUUCAUGGCCGGCCUUGAGGAGAAUGGUCCAGGUAGUGUUCUUCUCAAGCUAGUCUUUGGCUGCUAUGGGUUCACUGCUACAAAGAGGCGGGACAAGUUUUACGCCUUUCAUGGCAUCCUGCACGCAAUUACCGGAUUCGACUACGCGGAACAUCCCGACUUCACGCCUGAUUACUCUACUUCAACUACGGAAGAGGCGGUUUGCAUGAGAAUGUGCAGAGCAAUUAUUGAAGAGACGGGAACCCUUAACCUAAUCACUCUGGCGGGUGAAGCUGGAUACAACGUCCUCUUCCCACGACUAGAUCCCCUCCCGUCAUGGGUCCCAGAUCUACAGCCUUUCCGUCAAGCUAUUCCUCUCCUCAGUCCCAACUUCCGCCGCACGCGAGGUUACGACAGCGGCGGCUCACAGAUCCCACCAGCUAUGAAACCAGUCUUUGACCCGUCGAACCCUAACAAGCUCUGGGUCUACGCCAAGAAGCUUGGUACAGUUCGUGCCGUCGGAAACUCCUGGGAAGAGAUGUCGACCCGCAGUCAGAUGAAGGAGACUUUUCAAAUGCUCAAGAGCCUCCCUUCCAUCUACGCACCCACUGGACAGCACAUUACAGAGGCGUUCUGGAGAGUCUUGUUGACUGACAGCGACAUGGCUCAAAGACCAGCGCACGACAAUUUGAGGGGGCAUUUUAGAGACUGGCUCAUGUAUAAAAUACUCAACCUGUUUCUCGACCGGGUUGAUUCGUUUGCCAACCGGCGCGCUAACCCCGUGGAGGAACGGAUCAAGUUCUUCCAGGAAUACUCUGAAAUGGAAGACUUGGCGACAAACGACCCUACCGGUAUCAUCCCUUCAGAGACAGAGGUUCAACGCCGUCUGGUGCAAAUCGGUCACCCUGCCGGGGGCCAGACGAUCUUUGUCCCAAGGGAGACCAAGACGCAAACAUUAGACCUCUGGAAGACGUCGAGCCAUCGGUUCGUGCCAUUCGCCCUCUACUAUGCCAACUUCAAGAGAGUAUUUGCCCUCGAUUCAGGGUACUUGGGGAGCGGGCCUCAAGACCUUGAGGUUGGGCGGUCAGUAUGGCUAUUGUCCGGCUGUCCGACACCACUUAUUCUCCGUGAAGUAGGUGGCGAGUCCUUUAAAGUGUUUGGCGAGGCAUAUGUACAUGGGGCAAUGUUUGGUGAGGCUAUUUCCGCCGGAAUGCGGUGGGAUAAGAUUUGUCUCGUUUAG